AUGUCUUCAUGUUUUCUCUUGUCUUCGUUUAUUUCUAGAAUUUAUCUCAUGCCUGAUGAAAGACGAUAUUUGCAGUCGAAGCUGAGGAAGAAAACUUGCAACCCAAAGUUUGAGGAGAGCUACGUAUUCCAGGUUUCGCACAAAUCAUUUGAUGAUCGAGUCUUAAAGUUUACAAUGUUUGAUGUCGACCGUCACAAACGUCACAAUGUUAUUGGCCACGCCCUGUUUCCCUUGAAGGAGUAUGAUUUUGACAAUAAUGUCAGAAUGGUCAUCUGGAGAGAUCUGGAGAAAGAAGUCUCGGAGUCGACAUCAGACAAGGGUGAGAUUUACAUUGCCUUGUCGUACAACAGUCACCUGGAGCGCCUUACUAUCGGAAUUUUUGAAGCCAAAGGAUUGAAGAAUUUCUUUCCUCUUUCUGCUACUCUAAUUCUUUUUCUUCUUUUUUUUUCUUCCACCCUCUCUUUCCUUUAUUCUAUUUCUUUCUCAUUACUUUUUUUCUUUCGUCUACUCCUCCCUCUUGUUUUAUUUUUCUUUCUUUUCUCUCUUUCUUUUACGCUAUGCUAUUUUCACAUUCUUUUUUAUUUCUUAUCUUUACUUUUUCUGUCUUCCUUUUUCUCUCCUUUCCAAUAUUUUCUCUCCGCUAUUUUUCUUUCUUCUUCUCCUUCAUAUACUUUCUUUCGUUCUUUCUUUCUUCUUUCUCCUAAUCUUAUAUUUCUUCCGCAUUGUUUUUCAUUUUUUUCUUUCCUUUCUAUCUUCACGUUUUUAUUCUUUUUCAUUGUUCACUUUUCUUUCUUUCUUUCUUUCUUUCUUUCUUCUGACCCUUUUCCCCUUCAUUUAUAUUUCUUUCUCUCCUCCCACUCUUCCUCCUCACUCUCACUAUCUUCUCUUUCAAUUUUUUUCUUUCUUUCUUUCUUUCUUUCUUUCUUUCUUUCUUUCUUUCUUUUUUCCUUCAUAUUGUAUUUCUUCAUUUUUUGUCUCCUCCUUCUUUCUCAACUUACCUCCUACUCUUAA